CAGACACCUGGGCGUGGAUGCUCCUAAAAUCCCAGGCUGCUCCGAAAACCUCCAUUUUGAUCCGGGACCCCGGGCGGAGCAGCUGCUGCUCCCCCCAUUGUGCUGGGGGCGGGGGGAGCCCCUCAUUAACCCCUCCCUGCCCAGACUUUCUCCAGCUGGGACCAGCCCCCUGGGCUGGAGACGGCAGGGGCCGGUGACCUUCGAGGAGGUGGCUGUGUAUUUCACCAGGGAAGAGUGGGCUCUGCUGGACCCCGCUCAGAGAGCCCUCUACAGAGCCGUCAUGCAGGAGAACUAUGAGAAUGUGACCUCGCUGGCAUCUUCCAGAAAGGCAUCCAGUCUUGACUUGAAGAAUUCAAGAGAUGGAGAAUCCACCACUUCCCUUGGGUUUCCAGUUUCUAAACCUGAUGUGAUCUCCCAGCUGAAACAAGGGGACGACCCCUGGGUCCCAGACCGCCAGGGCUCAGAGGAACAAGAGAUCCUGAGAGGUGCCCUCACAGCAGGUGGUGGGAUGGUGAGUGAGACUGAGGAACAGAACCCACAGCAGAAGGCUGCUGAGCAUGUGGAACGGCACGGGGUACUGUUGCGAAGAUCCAAACGGAAGGUGUCCAGAAGUCAUGAGCAGCAAAAAGGUGGUGAGAGUCAGCAUGGGCCAGAGAGGCAGCAGGGAAACCAGCCAGAAGAGAAAGUGGGUAAAUCCAUUAAUAGUCAGGGAACUCACAAGGAUCUCAAGGGAACCACAGGCCAGUACAGAAUCCUCACAGGAGAGAGAAAAAAAUCCUGCAUGGAGUGUGGGAAAAACUUCCGUAGACGUGCAGAUCUUAUUAAUCAUGAGAGAAUCCACACAGGAGAGAGACCCUAUGAAUGUAGUCAGUGUGGGAAAACCUUCACUCAGAGUUCAGCCCUUACUAGGCAUCAGAGAAUCCAUACAGGGGACAGACCCUAUGAAUGCUGCGAAUGUGGGAAAAACUUCUCUGACAGAUCAACCCUUAUUCAGCAUCAGAGAAUCCACACAGGGGAGAGACCCUAUAAAUGCAGCGAAUGUGGGAAAAGCUUCACUGACAGCUCAGCCCUGAUUCAGCAUCAGAGAAUCCACACGGGGGAGAGACCCUAUAAAUGCUGUGAGUGUGGGAAAAACUUCACUCAGCGCUCAACCCUUAUUACACAUCAGAGACUUCACACAGGAGAGAGACCUUAUGAAUGCUGCGAGUGCCAGAAAAACUUUAGUAAUUGCUCAGCGCUUAUUUAUCAUCAGCGAAUCCACACAGGAGAAAGACCCUAUGAAUGCUGUGAGUGCGGGAAAACCUUCACUGACAGCUCAACCCUUGUUACACACCAGAGAAUCCACACAGGAGAGAGACCCUAUGAAUGCCAUGAGUGUGGGAAAAGCUUCACUGCCAGCUCAACCCUUGUUACACAUCAAAGAAUCCAUACUGGGGAGAGACCCUAUGAAUGUUGUGAGUGUGGGAAAAGCUUCACUCAGCGCUCAACCCUUAUUACACACCAGAGAAUUCACAUAGGCGAGAGACCCUACAUAUGCUAUGAGUGUGGGAAAAGUUUCACUGACACUUCAACCCUUAUUACACAUCAAAGAAUCCACAGCGGAGAGAGACCGUAUGAAUGCAGUGAGUGCGGGAAAAGCUUCACUCAGAGCUCAGCCCUUAUUACGCAUCAGAGAAUCCACAGCGGAGAGAGACCGAUGAAUGCUGUGAGUGCGGGAAAAGCUUCACUCGGAGCUCAGCCCUUCUUUAUCAUCAGAGAAUCCACAAGAGAUAGGAACACCAUAAAAACCUUGUCUAAAGCCGACAAAAGAUUUGUUUUUAUCUUUAAUAGUUUUGCUAAUUGCCACAUAGUAAACUUUAAAGCUAUUUGCACCAUUUCCUUCACUGUGGUCCCUCAGCUCCCCCAGGUGAGUUGUCUGUUUUUGCCUUCUGCGGCUCCACCUUUUUGGAGUUGAAUUCCAUAGUCCUUUCUGUCAACUCCAUAGUCGUCUGGAUCAUGGGAGUUUGUGAGCCUCCUACAAGGGAUGUUCAUCACCUCCAGGUCGGGGAGAUAUACAGGUGACAUCAUCUAGCUAUAUCAAGGUAAAAUCUGCUUGGUUUCAUCCCCACUAGGAUUUUCCAUGGAGUUGGCUAGCUUGAGUUAGCUAUCAUGAUGUAAAAACCUAACCAGUCUUCCAGUAAGGACAUAACCCACGUACAGUCUCCAGGUUAUCCUCACGUCCUGACCUAACCUCCUUUUCCUAGUCUAAGCAAACUUGGAGGAGGGAUCAAAUUUAAACUCUUCUUUCCACUGCAAAAUGAUUGUUAGAGCCUCUGAGUUCACCCUUUGGCACAGAUUUGUCUCAUUCCUAGUUGUCCACAUAUUGCCUUGGGGUGUGCUGAACAAGAAUUGUUUUUGUACCCUUUUUCUCAUAUAAAAUAGAUUUAAAUUGAACAAAGAGCGAGAGUGGUGGGGGAGAGAGGGAAGUGUCAUUUCAGGCCCUGGGACACCUGAAAAAGAUCAAGGUAUUCCAUGCUUCCCCAUCACUCCAGCACUCUUACCUUCUGUCUGAGCUAAGCAAGAGUUUAUGUUCUUCACAUUUUAGCCCUCCACUCCCAAAGUGUCAUGUGAUGCAGUGUCCUCAGCUUUCAUAGUUUCACAAACUUUAAUGCCAGAAGGGACCAUCAUGAUCGUCUGGUCUGACCUCCUGCACAUUGCAGGCCAGAGAAACCCACCCACCCGCUCCUGGAACAGGCCCAUAACUGCUGUCAAGUUAGUUAUUCCACCUCCCUGAGAGGUGGUAGCCCUCCCGCCCACAUAGCACUGUCUACACAGGGGAGGAAGGGUUAGGUCGGUAUAACCAUGUCGCUCAAGGGUGUGGAUUUACACCCCAAUUGAUGUAGUUAUACCAAUAUAGGUCUGUAGUGUAGACCAGACUUAAGUCUCCAUUUGUAAGGUAGGUUCUCCAUUCCUCCAAUUAUCCUAGUAGCCCUUUGUAAUUGGGAAUUGUCCUUUGAUUUCUUUGAUCCUAAAUCAGACUCAUUAGAGAUGGAGAUGAAAGUGUCACCAACCUGGAAGGGGAAUUUGAAUGGAUUCCAAACAGAGUGUGAUGAGUUAGCAUUGAAAUCCCAGUUUCCAUCUAUGGGCAAAGCCACUCCUGAGGUUUUCCCUGCCGAGUCAGGAUUGUUUGCAGGAGGAAAUUUGGGCUGUUUUCCCUAUUACAAUGAUGUUAAACCUUUAGUAAAUAACAUGACUAACCAUAAUGAAACAACACAUGGUGAAGCAGGUUUGAACAGAUCAGAGGAAAGCAGGAUGGGAGAAUCUCUUGUCCUGAUUCUAAGUCAUCAGAUGUAACCUGCUCUGGAAUUUCACUUUAUAUGAAAUUGAAAUUGUUGUAUAUCUCUCUGGGAUGUGGGUUUUUUCUUUCUUUCUGAAGUCUGGUUGGUUACAUAACUGGAUAUUAAUUUUGUUUGACAGAAUGUAGCUCCGAUUUAUUGGGAACUUUGAGAUAAAUGAUGAUUUGCUAAAAUAGGCAGGGAUUGUGUCCUUAGCCUCUGUUUGCCAGAAGCUGGGAAUGGGCAACAGGGGAUGGAUCACUUGAUGAUUCCCUGUUCUGUUCAUUCCCUCUGGGGCACCUGGAAUUGGCCACUGUCGGAAGACAGGAUACUGGGCUAGAUGGACCUUUGAUCUGACCCAGUAUGGCCGUUCUUAUAUUCUUAUGUUCUUACUUUAUCUUUCCUUUUUCCCUACCCCUCCAUGAUGAUAUAGGGAAAUCUCCAGUGCAGUUCAGUCACCUGGAGUGCAUACUCCAAGCUACUGGACAUGCUAACAAAGAAACAGUAGCAUUUUUAAAUCUCUACUCUGAAAUGGUGAACAACACCAGACUAUGCAAAGGAUGCAACUAUCUGAAAUAACUGUAUAUGAUCACAGAAAUAUUCAAUAGUUUAGGUCAGUAUUGUCUCAGAUGAUCUGGAGUGAGAAUUCCACAAUAAGUGACUUGAAACUAGCCAAAAUACCCAUGUGUUUGAUCCCCGAAGCAGCUGUGACCCGGGCCUUACAGGAGAUUACUUACGAAAAUACCUCCUGCAUAAUCGAAUAACUUGGGAAAUGUUGUCCCUAACUAUGCAGAUAGAGAGGAAAUAAAAGUGGUGUUUUUUUUUAACUCACCCUUUGUAGGUGCUGUAAAUAUGUAUAAAAGUAAAUGAGUUUUGAAUGUGAGAUAGUUGCAGAAAAAUAUCUAUUUUUUUAAUAGAAAUCCCACCUCUCAUAGUUUACAGAGAUUCUGAUCUAAUUUAGACAUGUGCCACCAGAUUAAAGAAAUACAUUUGUCAUGUUUGGAGAUGCCAUCCUCACUAACACUGAUGAAAUAUUGCAUGGUUUGGUGAAGAAUUCUACUCCAGAGAAGUAUAAAUUUACCCCAAACAAGGCCAAAGAUUUGGCAAGAACUCAGGUAGAAAUAGCACGCACCCGAUGGUUAGAUUUCACCCCCGAAAAGGAAGCUGUGAUGAACUAUGGUCCAGGUAACAUUGCUUUUAGAACACUCUUCACUACUUCAAUGUCACUGGUUACAGUUCCAGAAGCUGCGAUGGUUAGAUUUGGAACUAUUGCCCUUUUCCAUUUGGAUCCCAAGGGUCAUAAGCUAAAGAGAAAAACUGUUGAUCUCCUCAGAGAACACUCCUUUACUGUAGAUCCCCAUCUCUUUUCCUGGUUGGGCAGCAAGGACUUUCCUGCUGUGCCAUGACUGUAACCACCGAGGGAAUGGCUUUGUCAGCUUCCAAGUUCAGACUGCAGCAUAUACAAAUGUUGAGUUCUGUUUCUAUGGUUUUGUCUCUUCGUUUUGCUCUUGUUUCUUACGCAGUUGCAUCACUUCUCCGCCAUCUCCUGCUACUCUGAAAGAUUAAAAAGUGUGAAAAUAGAGUACAGGUGUUUUUCCUUAUGAUGCAAACUGCCCACCUAGUGUGAGACAUCUUCCACCAACCCUUACGGCAGAUGAUCCGCAGCUAAAUGAACUCGCACAAGUUGGAGGCACCAAUGUUGGGGUGAACCACAGCUUUACUCAAGGGUUCACUGGGUGGAAAUAGGGGUGAAAAGAAAAGUAAGACACAUAAUAGGGUUUUGUAAUCUUUGAUUGUUAUUGUUAGCAAUAAAAAUGAAAUUAAACAUGCAGUUAAUUAUUAGAGCAAGAGACUAAUUAUGUGACAAUUCAAAUUAUACUGGAAAUUAUAUAUAUUUUUUCUUUUUAGAAAUCUAGGAAAUGGUGGCUAAUCCUGAAAAGCUUAUUUGAUGUAAUUUACCCACCUUGGACUAAAGAGUUGUGAAUUAAAAUGUCACUCUAAAGAUUGGGGUGGUGGAAUAUGUGAGAGAUGUAGAUGAGAAUAAAGACCCAGUAUAAAUUUCAGUUAUUUCUGUUUCAAAUUAAAUUUAUUUUGAUAAACUUUAAAGUAAAUUUCUGUUAAGAGGAAAACUGCUUAAGGAGAUAAGUUUUACUUUAACCUUUUACUCAGUGAGAUUGAGAGUCACUGAGUUCCCCACUUCCCUUGUUUGCAAAGGAAAGAUAUGACAUCUCUCAUAAGAUAUCCACAUUUAUUUUUAAGCUUGGUGAUGGAUACAUGAUGCUUUGCUGUUAAAUUUUUUUUUCCAAAUGGUUAUUUUUAUGGGUGCUGAGAUCUAUGGAAACCUUCUCAAACUGGCCUUGAUUAUCUUCCAUUUUUGAUAUCUUUGGGGUUUGCACCUCCACGCUAAAUGUGGUUUGCAGCAAUAGAUAUCUUGAGGAAAAGGCUGAGUUAAAGGAGACUUUUCCAAACUGAUGCUAGCCCAAGAUCUGCCUUAUUCCAACCAGAUUGUCCACAUUGUUGGUAUCCGAGGCAUACUUCCCACCUGAUUUGCCCCGAGAUCUUGGGGAGGCACCGUAAAGCAGGGUAAGCUAGAAUCCUCAACCAUAAAGAUCAAGAUAAAGGCUGAAGUCCUUCGACUUUCAGGUCAACAAGAUAUCUGAGAGAGACUGAUCCCCUCCGGGGAGGGAAAUUGUGACAUUAAUGACAGGCUGUGCCAACAUCAAUUAAUCUCCCUCUACCUGGGAAAGUCUGUGAGCAUGGAGUGCAGGACAAGCUACUCAAUUGUCUGGUUCCUCCACUGCAACUCUAGCUCCUACUAUCCAAGAGUCGACAGAGAGAGAACUGGUGCACUCCAACUCGUUAUUUUAGUAGUUUAAUGUUCCAUUUUUAUUUUAUUUUUCUUUCAUUUGUAUAAUCUCCCGCCUUUCUAUCAUCUUCGGGUGUGACAGGGUGGUUCAGUGAAUACAUCUGUUGAUCACCUGUAAAAUCCACACUGGGAAGAUGCCAGAAAGAACAGUUCCCCAAAUCUUUUGUGUGGCCGUUGUUACAUUUCUACUGACUACAGCCUUGAUACAGGCGGCAUCUGUGUUGGCAUGGGAAGGAGAAGGAUUUAGUCACAUGACAGUGAAAUCUGAGGAGGAAGCUUUAAUUGGCUUUGAGGUUGUCGCUUAAACAUGAACAAUCAUUUGAUUUCAGUAUGGAAAUAUUCCCUGGUUUCAGUGUGGCUUAAGAUGCCAGGGUGAAGUUUUCUGACGGAGGUUUAUGACUCAAUGGACAGCCUUCUCACUGGAUUACUCUUCUAAGAUAGAUGAAUUGUUUAUCGGUUGUAUUAAUCUGAGGGCAUCAAGUCAUCAGUUUAAUCUAAUCAACGCAAUAUCAUUGUUCGCGCCUUGAUUUACUGGUUCAGCUUGAACUGGAUAACUGUGUGUUCAACCCAUAAUAAGUUGAGUUAUGUUUAUCGUAAUUUAGCCUUUGUGAUGUAUGUUCUUGAUUUUCUUGGAUCGUUCUAAUAAAAUGUCUCAAAGGGA